GGAGGCGCCCGGUCCCGCCUACGGCGGUUUCCGUACUCUGGAGCGCGCGGGGCGGUGGAGCGAGGGCCUGUUUCUCGGUCCGGGUUUGCUCCACGGACUGAGGAUCCCGCUGUCACGAUCCAGUGACAGUGCCUUGGUGUGAACUGGUGAUGGUCAUUGGCCUCCAAAACAGGGAUGGAGGAAAUAUCGGUCCAGGAGGCGGCAGGAUCACCAAGGGUCCAAUUUCAGUCCUUGGAGACCCAGUCUGAGGGUCUGUCCCCAGAGCCUCAGUUCGUGCAGGACACCGACAUGGAACAGGGAUUCACUGGGGCUCCACCUGUUCCCCAGGUGCCUGCUCUUCCCCACGAGGGAAGCCCAGGAGACCAGGCAGCUGCACUCCUGACAGCCAGGUACCAGGAGUUUGUGACAUUCGAGGAUGUGGCUGUGCACCUUACUCGAGAGGAAUGGGGAUGCCUGGACCCUGUUCAGAGGGAUCUCUACAGAGAAGUGAUGUUAGAGAAUUAUGGGAACGUGGUCUCACUGGGAUUUCCAAUUUUCAAGCCUGAUGGGAUCUCUCAACUGGAACAAGAUCUACAGGUCUUUGAUCUGGAUGCAAAGAAUAGAGAAGCCCUAAGGGAUGACUGCUCAGAUGCAGAAACCAGAGAAGAGAACAAGCUGUUGAUUCCUAAGCAGAAAAUUGCAGAAGUACAUUCAUGCAAAGCAAGAGUAGGAAGACUCAAAAAGGAUAUCACCCAAGUUCCUGAGACUAGAGAAGUGUAUAAAUCUGAGGACAGAUUAGAAAGGCUUCAGGAAAUCCUAAGGAAAUUUCUAUUCCUGGAGAGAGAGUUUAGGCAAAUAACCAUCAGCAAGAAAACUUUCACCAGUGAGAACAAUGAAUGUAAUGAACCUGAUAAAAGCUUCAGUCUGGAAUCUACCCUUAAUACAGACCAGAGAGAUCUUAGAAUACAGAACAUUGAUGACAUUGAUAAGUAUGACAUGAGUCUCAGCCAGAAUUCAGCUGCUGAGAACCACAAACAAGUAAAUCUAACACAGGAUUUUCAGAGUAGUGAAUAUAAGGAAAGCUUAAUGGAGCUCUCCCACCUUACUAAAUGUGAGAGUAUGCCCACCACUGAGAAAUCCUAUAAAUGUGAUGCAUGUGAGAAAAUCUUCCAUCAGAGUUCAGCCCUUUCUAGACAUCAGAGAAUUCAUACUAGAGAGAAACCCUACAAAUGUAAAGAAUGUGAAAAAUCCUUCAGUCAGAGCUCAAGUCUUAGUCGACAUAAAAGAAUACAUACUAGAGAAAAACCCUAUAAAUAUGAUGCGUCUGAUAAGUCCUGUGAGUCAUCUGAUAAAUCUUCUAGUCAGAGCUCAGGCAUAAUUCAGCAUAAGAGGAUUCACACUAGAGCGAAAUCUUACAAAUGUGGCAAUUGUGAAAGAGUCUUCAGUCGUAGUGUUCACCUUAUUCAACAUCAGAGAAUUCACAGAGAGAUGCCCUGUAAGUGUACUGUAUGCGGCAGUGACUUCUACCAUACCUCAUACCUAGUUGAACAUCAGAAGCUUCACUGUGAAGAGAAAGCCUAUGAAUACAAUGAAUGUGGGAUGACCUUUAUUAAACCCCAAGGAAUUCGUCUCAGAGAAAAACCUUAUACAUGUAAUGAAUGUGGAAAAGACUUCAGAUUGAAUUCCCAUCUUAUUCAGCAUCAAAGAAUUCACACAAGAGAGAAAACACAUGAAUGUAAUGAAUGUGGAAAAGCUUUCAGUCAACCCUUAUGCCUUACUCAGCAUCACAAAAUUCACAGGAAAGAGAAAUCCUCUGAGUGUAGUGAUUAUGAGGAAAGUUUUAAUCAUAGCUCAGAUCUUGUCCUGCAACAAGAAGUCCUUACUGGAGAAAAAGCCUUUGAUUGUGAUGCAUGGGAAAAGAACCUUAGUCAGAGAGCACAACUUGUUCAACAUCAAAGAAUUAAUACCAAAGAGAAACCUUAUGAAUGUAUUGAACAUGGGGAGACGUUUAGUCAAGUUCAGGCCUCAUUCCACAUCUGAGAGUUCACAACAGAGAAAGAAUGUGGUAAUACCUUCAGUCAGAGCUCAGCCUUUAUUCAGCAUCAGAGAAUGCACACCAGAGAGAAACCUUGUGAAUGUGAUGGAUGUAGGAGAGCUAUUAGUGUUAAACUCUGCAAACCCAUACCAAUGAGAAAACCUAUGAAUAUAUUGAAGGUAAAUGCUUCAUGCUAUGUUUAUACCUUAGUUAUCAUUGGAGGAUUCAUACAGGAGUAAAAUUCCAUCACUAAUAAAUGUGAAAAAGCCUUCUUCAGUCAAAGAAACUACCUUGUUCAGCAUCAAAUUCAUUCCAUGCAGAAAGCCUAUGAAUGUAAUAAAUGUGUGUGUGAAGAUCAGUCAUAUUUCAAUCUGCAUUCAACAUCAAAGAAUCCAUACCCAAGAGAAGCCAUUGAGUAUAGGAGUUCCAAGUCUUUUUCAUCAUCAGAAUAUCUAUAACAGACCAGAAUCUGAUAUAAUUCAAAUGGAAAAAUUUACUGCCAUUUUUCUGGCUUUACUCAACAUCAAAAUACUGGAGAGAAAAUUGUUGAUUAUUUGUAUAUGAAAUCGUUAAUAUAUACUCCCAAUCUUUCAUUGCAGAAGAAUCUAGUCUAAGGAGUGACAUGGUGAAUGCAGUGCUGUUUUCUCAUGGCAUUCUUUAAUAUAAUAAGUGUUGUAAGUAACUAUGUAUACUUUAUUUAUGAAAUUCAUUUAAGCUAUUUUUAUUUUAAUAUGGCCUAUAAACACUUUUAUUUUUCCUGAAAUUGGUAUGUAUUAUUCACAGCCUCCUGAAGAUACUGUAUUACACCAAUGUUAAAACAUGUCAGUGUCUGGAAAGUGGCUCAUGUAGCUUUUUUUGCUGUUCUCAGCCCAAGUUCUCUCAAAAACAGAUUGUCAGGCCUGCUCUUUACUGGGGACCAUACGUCCUAUUUGUUUCCAGCUGCAACACUUGGAUUUCUGUUGAUUUCUCCAUUUUCUUAAGCGCCUUCAAAUGACAGUUUCCUGGUUUUAAGCUUUUCACCAGCAAGUAUGCCACCCCUACUAGAUGCUGCUGUUCUGGUGUCUUUCCCAAAGGAAAGCAUCUUCUUUUAAAAGAAUUGGAUUUCCACAUCCUGUUCACUCAUGUAUGAAGGAGUCUGGUUCCCCUGAGUUUAUGGUAGGCAGCUAAACAUUUUCAAGCAAUGCUCAAGUUCUUAGCUGACCUGUUUGCAUCCACAGCCCACUAAAAGAGGAGGAGGACAUCAGGGAGCCAGCAAGACUCCUGGUGAUAUAGCUACAUUCAUUCAUUCAGCAUCCACUCUGCAUGUCUGAGUUUAGAAUUACUUUAUAUACUUCCACUGAAGGCCAGCAAAAUGCUUGGGUCUGCUUUUGAUAUGGCAAAACAUAAAGAACAUAUACUCAAAGGUCAGAGAGCUUCAUAAAGCAGAGAGCUCAGCCUUCCAACAAAGAUACUGCUGUUUUUAUAUAGUAUUUCAAGACAGUGGCAGUUAUAUUCCUGGUAUUAUAAAAUUUUAACUGUUAAGAUUGCUUCUUUGUCUAUUUGGAUUUUCAUGCCCAGUCAACCCUCAUCAGUCCAGGACAGUAUUUGAAGUGUGGGGGCUUUGUGUAUAAUUACUUACUAAUUAUCACAUUGUUUUUUUGUAUUUUACUAGAGUCUACAGGCCAUAUAAAAGAACAUGAUUUUCUUGACCGAUAAAAGUGAUCACAGAUGAUUGGCUUCAGAUUUCAAGGUUACCAUUAUAAUACCUAGCAACAGUUCAUAAUUCUUAGAUGAUGUCAAAGCAUUUUACUAUAUUUUUCCAUCUUAAGCUUCUUAAUAUUUUGUGAAUAAGUGUUAUUUAAAAUUCUAGUUGUCAUCCCAGCAAUUGAGGCCUUCAUAGUUCAGGUCUUGUAAUAUUCUGAGGGAUUCUUAACAAAUAUAUACAAAUUUAUUGCUUGCUUUAUAAGCAUUUUAUGGCUAAACUAUAGGAUAGUUCUACCACUAUAUUUUACCUCUUAGCCAUCAGCAAGCAUAGGAUCUAAUCAGGGCAAGGUAGAGAUUUAAAUCAAUUGAUCUAAAUGUAAAAGCAAAUGAAAAUGCAUGUUUUUUUCCUGUCAAUGACUGUAUAAUCUUAUGUUUAGAGAAUAAUAGUCAACUCCAAUGAUUAUGAAACAGGACUAAGUAAUCUCUAAAUAGCAGAAUAUAUAAAAAUCACAUGUAUGCAUUUGGUUUAGCAAUGUGCUUUUGUACCUCCACUUGAAUAAAGGUGUGUUUGAUACUCUGAGAAUCUGUUUCAAAUAAAACCUGAAGGCCUUAGCCAAAGCAUGUGGAAUUCUUGAAAUCACCAUCCUGGCUGCGACUCAGUUCCUUCCAGAAAUCUGCUUCACAAGAGUAGAUCACUCUCCUGUGUACUGAUACUUGCUCUUCCACAGAACUCUUGAGGAAUAAAGUCUGAAUGUUUAGGAUUUAAAGGGUUAUUCAGUUGGAUGCUGUCAGUACAUAAAAUAAGAGUAAGUCAUUUGAGGUUUCUGUAGAACUAAGCAGAGUGUGUUUUUUAAAAAAUAAACACAUUUUACAAAAUUAGAAACCAAAUAUCUUCAAGGCUACUUUAAGCUUGAUGGUAAUUAUUGGUACAGUAUGAUAUUAGUUUGUGUUCUUAGUCAUUUUAGUCUUGAUGUUUGGUGAGGGAAGAGAAGAAAUCUAAUAGUUGAGAGACACCUAAUUUUAUCUACUAUCUCUCUGUCCAUGUACACGUACAUGUAUGUAUGUACACAUUCAAAUUUAAUCCUCACAACUCUGCAAGGGAACUAGCUUCAUUUCACAGAGGAACUGAGGUAUAGAGAGAUUAAAGAACUUGUUAGGGUCACAUAGCAAGUUCAAAAUCAGGUCUGUUUGGCUCCAAAACUUUCCAUCAUUUUGAAGUUGGUAUUAGACACCAACCAGAGAAGUUUUCUUUGAUGGCUCUUCAUUUUGUCACACCCCAAUGGUUCACUGUUACCAGUCUGCAACUGGUCCUAAAAGCUCUCUGAGAAAAUACUAGGAGAAAAUAUCCCAGUAUCUUUUGGGAGCUAGUCAGAGACUCCCCUAUUUGAAACAGGCUUAGACAAUUUUGACAAUGUCAGGCACAGAUCAAAGCUCCCAAAUUCCUAUCUCCUGCCAAGCCACCCCACUCCCAUGACUAGAUUUACAUAUCCAUUUUUCAAUGCCCAAAUGUGCUCUUAAUUUUAGCUGCUAACUAGAACUUGCUGAUGGACAUGUAUUUUUACGAAGAUUUACUGUCACCUCUGGUUAUAGCAGUGGAACAAAGCAGGUAUUGGGGAAAUCAAGUUUGAUUCCUAGGUUCUGGCUUGAGCAAGAGUAUCUAGAGAC